AGAUCUUCGAUUCGAAUAAGGCAAGAUGGUUACGGCUGCAUCAGAGGAAGAAGCACCCUACGCAAUAUUCUUAGGAUGUUUGGGGGCUGCAAUCGCGAUUAUUUUCACAACUCUUGGAGCUUCUUACGGAACAGCAGUCUCCGGGAUUGGAAUUGCCAGUAUGGCAGUGAAUCGACCCGAAAUGAUCAUGAAGUCCAUUAUACCGGUCGUUAUGGCCGGGAUCAUUGCGAUCUACGGCUUAGUGGUUGCGGUCCUCAUAGCAGGAUCCAUCGGCGAUGAGUACACGGUACAAGCGAGCUAUGCGCAUCUGGGAGCGGGUUUGUCCGUAGGAUUGCCUGGACUUACAGCCGGAAUAGCCAUCGGAAUCGCAGGGGACGCCGGAGUCCGGGGAACCGCCGAACAGCCGCGCCUCUUUGUGGGCAUGAUCCUGAUCCUGAUCUUCGCCGAGGUGCUGGCCCUAUACGGCCUCAUCGUGGCCAUAUAUUUGUACACCAAACUUUAA